CCCAGAUCCCAGAUGGGGGCGAUGGCUCCGCGCGCGCUGCUCCUGCUGCUGGCGGCCACCCUGGCCCCGACCCGGACCCGCGCGGGCUCGCACUCCAUGCGGUAUUUCCACACCGCCGUGUCCCGGCCCGGCCUCGGGGAGCCCCGGUACAUGGAAGUCGGCUACGUGGACGACACGCAGUUCGUGCGCUUCGACAGCGACGCGGAGACCCCGAGAUAUGAGCCGCGGGCGCCGUGGAUGGAGCGGGAGGGGCCGGAGUAUUGGGAGCAGCAGACACGGAGAGCCAAGAGCAACGAGCAGAUUGCCCGAGGGAACCUGAGGACCGCGCUCCGCUACUACAACCAGAGCGAGGGCGGCUCUCACACCAUCCAGCUCAUGUCCGGCUGUGACGUGGAGUCGGACGGGCGCCUCCUCCGCGGGUACCGUCAGUACGCCUACGACGGCCGCGAUUACAUCGCCCUGAACGACGACCUGACGACGUGGACGGCGGCGGACACGGCGGCGCAGAUCACCCGGCGCAAGUGGGAGCAGGCUGGUGCUGCAGAGAGACACAGGGCCUACCUGGAGGGCGCGUGCGUGGAGUGGCUGCGCAGAUACCUGGAGAACGGGAAGGACGCGCUGCAGCGCACAGAUCCCCCAAAGGCACAUGUGACCCAUCACCCCCUACUGAAAGGAGACGGCACCCUGAGGUGCUGGGCCCUGGGCUUCUACCCUGCUGAGAUCUCCGUGACCUGGCAGAGGGAUGGGGAGGAACUGACUCAGGACAUGGAGCUGGUGGAGACCAGACCUUCUGGGGACGGAACCUUCCAGAUGUGGGCAGCUGUGGUGGUGCCUUCUGGGGAGGAAGAGAGAUACACAUGCCAUGUGCACCAUGAGGGUCUGUCUGAGCCCCUCACCCUGAGAUGGGAGCCUCCUCAGUCCGCUGUCCCCAUCACGGCGAUCAUUGCUGUUCUGGCUCUCCUUGGAGCUGUGGCCAUCAUUGGAGCUGUGGUGGCUGUGAGGAAGAGGAGGAGAAACACAGGUGGAAAGAGAGGGAACUAUGCUCCAGCUCCAGGCAGGGACAGUGCCCAGAGCUCUGAAGUGUCUCUCCAAGACUGUGAAGGUGACACUCUGGGGACUGAUUUGGGAAGGGGCAAUGUAGACAUGAUUGGGUUCAGGGACUCCCAGAAUCCCCUCUGAGUGAGUGGUGGGUGU